AUGGCAUUUGCAAAUCAAAAAGGAAAAAAGAAUCCUUUUAAAGAUAUACACAACAUACUAAAAAAAGGUUUGGUUCUAUUUGUUAAUAGUGAUAAACAAAAGCAAAAAGGAAAAAAGAAUCCUUUUAAAGAUAUUCAUACACUUUACACUAGUAACUGUGAAUUAUCUAAAGAACAACCUAGUAUUAGUAUAGACUUCAAUUUAUCUGAUAAAAUUCCUUUACCAAACAUGCAUAUAAUUUUACUAUUGACUGUUAUUGUACCUACCGAUAAUUACUCUGGUAGUUGUCCCGACUAUAUCAAUAAUUUCAAAUAUUCUCCUUCCGGGGUUUCUGAUCGUCCUUACGGAGGAGCAUUUUUACCAAAUUUUGAUGUAACUCUCAAGACAGGAAUUCCUGAGACUAUACUAGUUAUUUAUGUCACAGACCCUGGAUAUAACGUUUCUAGUCAAUCAACUUCCAUUAAUAUGGAAAUGAUAAAUGAUUUAGAUUAUGAUCUAUAUCUUAAUCCAUCUAGAUAUAAUAAUCCACCAACUCCAUUUGAUUAUUCGCUUAACUUGAAAAAUAUGUUUCUUUUAUCGCAACCUAAAAAUGACAGAGUUAUUGUUCCACUUGAUGAUACAAAUUCGUUAAACAAGACUGCAAACAGAACUUUAUAUGCAGAAAUACGGUUUUUCACAGAUCCUUCCAGCCCUACAAAGGAAGAAAAAGAGAUUAAGAACAAAUCCGUUUUAAACUUACUAGGUAUUAUUGGCGGUAUUUGGAGCGCCAUGGCAGCUUUUUAUGCACUUUUAUUUGGAUUUGGUAUAAUCUCUCCGUGGGGUUUAGUACAAAAAUCGAAGUUAUUUAAAAAUAAAUAUAAAGAUAAACUCUUACCAUUUGCAGCUGACUUACAGUCUGAAGAACAUGGUACUGAAGAAAAACUUGACACCAAAGAACGCAGGAAUUCCUCAAUGCAAAAACGGCUUGAUAAUUUAGAAAGGAGAGUCCAAUUCUAUGAUAAUGUUAUCGAUAUCUCAUUAUUAACUUCUGUUAAAACAGAUGCAUCUCCCGCUAUUGAUGAUAGCAACUCUUCGUAA